AUUUUUUUAAUUAAUUUUUUUUUAUUAUUUUUUUUCCUCUAUUUUUUUUUUAAUUUUUUUUUUUUUUUAAUAGGGGAAAAAGCGCGGUGCCCAUUGUGUGCGCGGGGCCGCGGGGCCGUGCGUGUGAAAUGUUGGGGUUGGUGACAUCACGGCGCGCCGGGACCCAAUCAGCCGUCGGGCCGCGGGGGGUCCGGCUGCUCCGGGACGAACCGAACGCGGAGCGCGGAGCCCGGGGAGGCGGCAGAGCUCGGAGCGGGGCCCCCCCCGACCCCCGAACCUCGGCCCCCCGACCCUCGGAGCAGCUUUGUGCGCUCCGACACCUCAGUGGCUGUGAGCGGCGGAGGGCUCUGUGCUUGUUGAUCCCCUCCCUCCCGUCCCCCUCCCGCCCCCCAGAGGGAUUAUUUUGGGAGUGGAAGGUGGGCUGGGACCUGGCUGGGGGAGCUGCAGGACGCGAGAUGUUUGACUUCUUUUUUUUUCCUUCUUUUUUUCAUGCUGGGGAGGGGGAAGACGAGGAGUGCGGCUCCAGUGCGGGAGGAGCGGGGUGUUGGGAAGAUGUUGCACACCGUUGACUGGAGCGUUUGAAGGGGAGAUCGACUGCUUUGGCUUUUUCCCCCUUUUUUUUCUCUCUCUUUUUUUUUUUUUUCCCCCUGCCCCCUCCCCCACCCCUCCGGAGGGGCAGCGAUGUGUGAUCACGGAGUGGAAACAAAUAUGUCCUUACUUUCAAUGCCCCCUUUGAAAGAGACAAAGUAAACGCUCCUUGCAAAAUGUUCCUGACCUGCGAAGGGACCUUCGGGAUUGUUCCAGCCACCAUGGAUUACAAUGGGGACGCCGGGCCGGGGCAUUUCCACGCCGGCUAUCAAGAAAUCGAAGGGAUAAACUUGGGAUACUUACAGAUCAAUGGCACCCAGAUGUUUGCUCUGGCCCAGGUCCUCAGCGACCUGUUCAAGGAUAUCCCCAGGACCACCAUCAGCAAGAAGAUGGAAACCUUAAAGAUCAAGAGCCGCCGCUGCGAUCUCCAGGAGCUCCGCACCCUCAAAGCCAUCAACUCGGUGCCCACCCGCGCCGUGAAGUGCUCGCUCAUCUCCAAGGCGGACCUGGAGGCUCUCUGCACCUCCUGCAAGAGCCUCAGCCCCCGGCGGAGGAAGAGGAAAAGGAAGAGCAAGAGGAGGGAGCAGCUGCUGCUGCCGGACCCCGGGGAGCUCUUCGCCUGCCCCCGGCCCCAGCUGCUGCCGCCCUACAGAACCGGCGGCUGCUGCUCGGCCCCGGCCCCCUCCCGCCCCAAGCUGCCCCCCGGCCUCAAGCCGCGCCCGCCGCCCGCCGCUCUCCUCCCGCAGCCCUUCCCCCGAGGCUGCCCCGGCCUCGAGAGGGCCCCGCGGGGCCGCAGGGGCUGCGCGCUGCCCGAGCGCGGGGGGCUGCUGCCGGGGGCUCUGGGCGCGUACCCCCGGGACCUGGCGCUGCUGCACCCCGCAGCCCCCGCCGCGCCCCCCGGCCUCGGCCCCCGCUGCGCCAAAGGGCUCUUCCCGGCCGAGAAGGGCCCCGCGGGGGGGAGGAAAAGCCGCUCGUCCGCCUUCCCCGGCUGCAAGCGGCAGGGCACCUCCGCCGGGUACUCCAGCGACUCGGACUCCAGCCUGGACUUCGGGGGGUCCAGCCCCGCCACCUCCAGCGACUCGUCUGAGGAGGAGGAGGAGGAGGAGGAGGAGGAGGAGGAAGGGGACACGUCGUGCAGCAGCGAGGAGGGCAGCUCCUCGGAGUCGGAGAGCAGCUCGCUGUGCAGCGGGGACUCGGUGCAGAGCACCCGGUACAGGCAGGCGGCUCUGCCCCGCUUCCAGCCGCAGCCCCCACGGGAGCCCCUCGGCGACGAGCGGCCCUCGGAGCCCUCCCCGGGCGCGGGCAAAGCGCUGCGGGCCGAGCCCGACCUCCUCUUCCUCUCGCAGCAGCUCUGGGCCAGGACUUUGCGAGCGUCAACUUCGGAAAGUUUGAGCCCGGCUCCGGCCCUGGGCUCGGGGGCACAGCCGGAGCCGUACGCGAAGCAGGAGGCCUCCCCUUCCUCCUCCUCCUCCUCUUCCUCCUCCUCCUCCUCCUCCUCUCCCCCUCCCUCCCCGAGCAGCACCCCUGGGGGGGACCCGCCACAAAAGGAGGGCGGCUUUGGGGGCGCGGAGCCCUGCGCCAAAGGGAAGGAUUUGCACAAAGAUGCCUCGAACAAUAGAGCCUCGUUAGGCCCCGGCGACCGAGCGGAGAGGCAGAGCGGAGCAGCAGCCGGGCCGGCGGCUUCCCAAGGGCCGCCCCCGGAGCCCCCGGCCCCAUCCCCGGCGCUGGCGGGGGGCCUCGGCCCGGACCCCCCCGGGGAAGCGGCGGAGCCCCGGCGGGAGCACUUCGACCGCCUGAUCCGGCAGUCCAAGCUGUGGUGCUACGCCAAAGGGUUCAACGUGGACGGGAAAAGUUUGCGGCACGGAGGGAGGACGGAGCCCUGCAAAGCUGCAGAGCUCAAAUCCCCCGGCUCCAAAAGAGCAGAGAGCCCCGGCACCUUGUCAAACAAAGCUUUGAGAGGCAAUGGCUCGGAAAGGAAUGCCAAGCGCAGACGCCUUGCCAGAGGCGCUGAGGCAGAAAGGCAACAGAGCUCCUCCAAAGGGAGGCCACAAAAGACUCAAAGGAGGAAUGCCAAAAAGGGAAACACUCAUUGCAAACGCUUCGGCAGCGCCGGGCCAACCCCGCCUCGGAAUUCCUUCAGCCUCAUGGGCAACUUCCCGUGUAUUCCCUCCCUGGUCGUGGGGGAAGACGGGGACUUGUGCCCUGCCUCCUCCCUGGGGGGCAAAAACUCCUGGGCCCUCUCCAAAACCCACCCGCUGUGGAGCUGGCACCUGGGGGGCAACGCCAUCCCUGUGCCCCCCAGCCUCAAAUUCCGGGGCUAUAGCUUGGAGGAUCUCUAAGGACAGCGGACGGCCCCGCACGAAAGGUUGCGCGCAGCAGAUGCGGGCGGGGAGCGGGACCGGGGGGGGCACGGAGCGGGCUUGAGUGGGGCCGGGGAGAGGGGGGAGGAGGGGGGGUGCUCCUCGCUGGGGUCGGGGUCGGUUCCGUUGUUCCCGGGGGUGUCGGGCUCCGGCGUUGUUUUCGCGGAGGUUUAAGGCGCUCAGAGCCGCCCCCCCCAUCCUCUCCACCCCGGGGCUUUGGGGCAGAACGGCGGCUACGAGCCGG